ACCCUUCGCGCUAUGUCGCAAGAGGGAGGGGGAGGGAGCGGGCAAUGGCUCAAGGAUGCGGAGGCCUGGGUGGAAGACAAGCGGCUGAAGCCAUCGACCUUUGCUGCAGAGUUCAUCGGUUCCUUUCUCUUUCAGUUCUUGGGGGGUUCUGCCGCUUCCAAUGCGGUGGAUGCAGGGCUCACGACAGCGGCCCUCGGCAAUGGUGCGGCCCUGGCGCUGCUCGUGUAUUCGAUGGCAGGCAUCAGUGGAGCGCAUCUUAACCCGGCCGUAUCUACUGCCAUGCUCGUCAUCGGUGAAGAUGACAUGAGCAUCCCGAAGUGGGGAAUCUACGUUAGCAUGCAGCUCUUCGGCGCUCUGAUGGGGGCUGUGUUCCUGCGGUACCUGUGCCCGGACACGGCGGUGGUCCGAAACCCUUUUGUCACGCAGGGAAUUCUCAACGAGGGAGUGAGCAGGAACUUGGCGGGGCUGGGGAUCUUCGAAUUUGUCAUGACCUUCACUCUCGUGUUCGUGAUCUGUGCGGUGGCUCUGGACAUGAAGUCAGGGGCCAGGCAGUAUGGGCCACUGGCUGUUGGCUUCGUCUAUGCAGCCGGCGUCUACUGUGAGGGGCCGUACACUGGGGGAAGCAUGAAUCCAGCAAGAACUAUCGCAGCUGCUAUAGUGUAUGCCAAUUUCACGGGCAUGUGGAUUUCAAUCAUCUGUGUGAUGAUCGGAGGCGUAGCAGGUGCAUUCUGCUACAAGCACUUGCUCAGGAUAGAACAUAACCCUGCAAAUUCACGCGACUUCUCUGCAUCGCGUUACGUUUAACAGAUCAUUCCGAUGAGGUGCUUAGAACAUGUAAUGAAAUAUUGUUGUCUUG